AAAAGGAGAGAGAGAGAAAGAGAAAGAGAGAGUGAGUAGUGAGUGUGGGAGAGAGAAAGGGAAGGAACUAAUACUGUGUGGAAGCUUUCGAAACCACAGAAGAGAAAACGAUGUCGGAGAGCUUUACAUCACCACUGCAACUCUAAGAGAGAGAGCGAGGGUGAGAGUAGUGGCAACAAAGGUGAGGAGGGAGGAGAGGGUGAAGAAGAUGAUGAUGAUGAUGAUGUUAAUAUGGGAAUAGCAAGCACACAGCCACUGCAUCCAAGACCCAUUCUCUUCCAUCACUCAUCAAGAACAACACAAGAGCAGUAGCAGCACCAUUCAUUUUCCUCCUUUUCUUACUCCAAUAAUAAUAAGAAUAAUUCUAUGUCCCAUCAGCAAGAUUACCAAGAGAUCGACGGUAACACACCAACAAGCACAGAUCCGAAGGGACAACAACAAAGGCUUCGAUGCACCGCCACCACCAUUAGUAGGGAUAGACGAGGAAGAAGAACAAGCAGGAGGAGCUGCAGGAGGAGGCCUUCCCCAUGUGUAUGAAACCGCAGGCAUGCUUUCGGAGAUGUUCAAUUUCCCUGCCACCGAGCUCCUGGAACAGCAGCACCACCACUUCCGCUCCCCUUCUUCGUCGAGGCCACAACCACCAGAGAACUGGUACGGAAGCAGGCAAGGCAUGAUAGCCACCACCACGACGGGGUUUGGAGGAGACUCCAAGCAGCAGAUUUCAAGCAUGAAUGCGGAUUCAGCAGCAGCCAUGCACCUUUUCCUGAUGAACCCAGCUCAAAGGAGAUCUCCUUCGCCUCCUCCAUCGGCAACCUCUUCCACUCUCCACAUGCUUCUUCCCAACCAUUCCUCCAACUCCUUGCAAGGGUUCCCUCCUGCUGGCUCCGCAGGAGGGUCUUUCGGGCAAUUCACAUGGGUUCCCGACAGCGGCGCCGGCCAUGAGGGAGCAGCUAACAACCCUCCUGGCCAUCACGAGAUUAACGUGGUGGAAGGGCAAGGCCUUUCGCUGUCGCUUUCGUCUUCGCUUCAGCACUUGGAAGCUGCGAAAGCGGAGGAACUGAGGAUGGGAGAAGGCGGUUUUCUGUUUUACAAUCAAGGGGGAGGGGCGGCGGCGGCUUCUAAUUCGGGUCAUUUUCCGUACAAGAACCAUUUGCAAGGUGGCAUGGUAGGACAGGGGCACCUUGCUGGGUUCCCUUCUGCUUCAUCUUCUUCGUCCUUAGGUGUAGUCCACGUUCUUAGGAAUUCAAAGUAUGUGAAAGCCGCACAAGAGUUGCUUGAGGAGUUUUGCAGUGUUGGAAGGGGCCACUUGAAGAAAAACAAGUUCAGUAGGCAGAAUUCAAACCCUAAUUCCACCGCCUCUCCUUCAUCUUCCAAAGAUCCUCCUCCGGCUGCAGCUCCACCUCCGCCUCCUUUGUCAGCUUCCGACAGGAUUGAGCAUCAGAGAAGGAAGGUCAAACUUCUAUCAAUGCUUGAUGAGGUGGACCGAAGAUACAACCACUACUGCGAGCAAAUGCAGAUGGUGGUGAACUCAUUUGACGUGGUGAUGGGGUACGGGGCGGCGGUGCCGUACACGGCGCUGGCGCAGAAGGCGAUGUCGAGGCAUUUCCGGUGCCUGAAGGACGCAAUAACGACGCAGCUGAAGCAUUCGUGCGAGGUGCUGGGGGAGAAGGGGGGCGGGAUGGAACAAGAAGCUUGGAGACCUCAGAGAGGCUUGCCUGAACGUUCUGUCAACAUUUUGAGAGCUUGGCUUUUUGAGCAUUUUCUCCACCCGUAUCCAAGCGAUGCAGAUAAGCAUCUCUUGGCGAGGCAGACUGGCCUCUCCAGAAAUCAGGUAUCAAACUGGUUCAUAAAUGCCAGGGUUCGGUUGUGGAAACCUAUGGUGGAAGAGAUGUACCAACAAGAACAAAAAGAAGCAGAGGAGUGUGGGGCAGCGGAAGAAGGCGAAGAAGAGGAAGAAGAAGAACAAAACAACAGCAGCAACGGUGGGCAGCAACAAGCACAAAAUCCAAGCACAACGAGUGGCGGUGAAAGCGAAAUACAAGUAGAAGGGUUUUCGGAAAACCAAGAGGGAAUGGUUGCGCAAGGUGGAAUGGCGUCGGAGAUGAUGCCCCCACAACAGUCACAGAGAUCGAUGGCAAGCGAUGACACGUGUCGACAUGGCAGCUACGUAGCAGGUGCUGAAUAUGGGACCGCGUCUACUACUGCUGCUGCUGCCGCUGCUGACAUUGGAUCCGCUACCCUCAUUAGGUUCGGGACCACCGCCGGUGACGUGUCACUCACCCUAGGGUUACGCCACGCCGGGAACGUCCCCCGACAAAACCCCUUUUUCUCUUAGAAAUCAAUCCUCAUUAUUAUACUACUGCUCUGCUUCACCAUAUAAUUAAUUAAUCAUUAAUCGUUAUAUAUUUUAUAUUAUUAUUAUUAUAGGAACAUCAUAUCCUUUAUUUUCUAUUCUAUAUCAGGAAAUACAAGAAAGAAAUCCUUUUUUUCUCUUCCAA